UAUAUAUUAGGAGAAAUUACAUGCAUAAUUAAUAGAAAUGGCGUCUUCAUAACAGACAUGCUCUGCAACUGCUCUGCCAUUUGCUGUUACCACCCUUUGUCAUUUUCUUCUUCUUCCUUUCUUGCUUCCAUCGCUUAUUAUCCUUCCUUCCUCCCUCCCUUGACGUCUUCUAUUUCUUUUUCUCUCUCUACUCUCUGUAUAUAUACCGAACAUCUUGUGUGCACUGUGGACAUGGAGAAAUGGGUGUUUGUUUGAUUUCUAUCUCUAAAAACACUACUGUAGACUGUUUGAGUUUAUGAGGUGAGGUGAGGUUUGUUAGAAGUUUUUUGAAUUCUGGCGAUAAAAUGGCGGGGACUCAUCGGAAUGUUGUUCAAGGUUUGAUUACGGAGGAGGAGCCUAGUAUAGAUACGGAUAAGCUGAGUUACGAGAUCUUUUCUAUACUGGAGAGUAAGUUUUUGUUCGGUUACGAUGAUCAGAAGCUUUGGAUUCCGAAAACCAUCGCGCCGGCGGUGGAGGGAGACGAAAACGAGGUUGCUUCGGGGCUGCCGGAGGUUGACGGGAACGAUGACGUGCAAGCAAUCAAAAGCCAGAGAGGGAAGAUUUGUAUAUUGACGAUUGACGGCGGCGGAAUGCGGGGGAUUCUGUCGGGGAAAGCGCUGGCGUAUUUGGAACAGGCGUUGAAGGUGAAAUCGGGGAAUCCGGAGGCUCGAAUCGCGGAUUAUUUUGACGUGGCUGCCGGCUCCGGCGUCGGAGGGAUUUUCACGGCGAUGUUGUUUGGGACGAAGGAUAGGAGCCGUCCUAUUUUCAAUGCCGACGACACGUGGAGGUUUUUGGCUGAGAAUGGGAAGAAGCUGUAUUCUACUUCUCCGAAAGGUUCCGGAAGCGGCGGUUUUUUCAGGCGAGUUUUCCGCGGUAGCGACGGAACCGUUUCCGCCGCCGCGCGGUUGGAGAAGGCGAUGAAAGAGGCGUUUACGGACGAGAAGACCGGCCGGAGCUUGACAUUGAAGGACACGUUGAAGCCGGUUUUGAUCCCCUGCUACGACCUCUCCAGUACGGCGCCGUUUCUGUUCUCCCGAGCCGACGCGCUGGAGACGGAGAGCUACGACUUCCGGCUCUGGGAGGUGUGCCGAGCCACGUCAGCGGAGCCGGGAGUGUUCGAGCCGGUUUGCAUGACGUCAGUGGACGGGUCGACCCGGUGCGUGGCGGUGGACGGAGGAUUAGCCAUGAGCAACCCGACGGCGGCGGCGAUCACGCACGUGCUCCACAACAAGCAGGAGUUCCCUUUCGUGAGAGGCGUCGAGGACAUUUUGGUACUUUCCCUCGGCACGGCCCAGCUUUUAGAAGGCAGCUUUGAAUAUGAACAAGUCAAGGGCUGGAAGGCCAAGCAAUGGGCUAUACCUAUGGCUCGCAUCUCCGGCGACGGCUCCGCCGACUUAGUCGACCACGUCGUCGCCAUGGCUUUCGGCCACUCUCGGACCACCAAUUACGUCCGAGUUCAGGCCAAUGGAUUUAACUCUAGUAGUUGCGGAGUGAGCCUAGACACCGACCCGAGUCCCAACAAUGUGGAAAGGCUCGUUGGGAUAGCGGAUGAAAUGCUGAAGCAGAAAAACGUGGAGUCUGUGCUCUUCGGUGGCAAGAGGAUUGGCGAGCAGAGCAAUUUCGAGAAACUGGAGUGGUUUGCUGGAGAACUGGUGCAAGAACAUCAGAGGAGGAGUUGCAGAAUCGCCCCCACCGUUGCAUUCAAGCAGGCUACACCAACAACUCCCAAAUAGUGUUCAGAAUAACAAGAAAAGAAGAAAAAAAAUAUAUACGGCCAGGUGAAGAAGGUGAAAAAUGAGUGAAGCUGAUGGGAGCUAGAAAAGAAAAGGGUAAAAACCAAAAGUGAAGAAUGGUAAAAAUAGCAGGUUAAGGGUUUAGAUUUGAAAGUGAGCGGGAACGCGGUGAUGGUGGUGGUGGGGACUGAAUGAUCUUUGGUGGGAUUCUUUGCCGGCAUUGUGGUGGCCAUUGCUAAAGCGAAGCAAAUGGAAGUAGUACGUACGUGCAGUGCUCCCAUUUCAAACACUAUAUUAGAGAUGCAUUCAAUUAUAUUUUAUAUUUUCUUAGUAUUUUUGUUUGUCUUCAAUUCAUCCCAAUCUCUUUUCUCCGGCCUUAGCUUUCGUGGCCACAUCUAUUCUUGUCUCUUAUACCAGUUCUCAGUCCAAUAAUAAAAGAAAAAGAUCAGAGUGGAACCCAAAGGUAGGUUCUUACGCGUUACUCGUCCGCUACUGGAAACAUCACUUUCUGAUGGAUUACAUUAAGCUUGAUAUGAUGAAACCCAAUCCCUGUCUGUCUUCUUUGUGUAAUCAUUGUUUUUUUCUUCUUCUUUUCCUUUAUUAGCAUGGGAUAGAGAAUGGAUUGUAUAAAUCAGAACCUCAAUUCUCAAGUACGUGGUUACUUUAUUUGUGUUA